UUUAGUGAGAGAUUCACACUUUCUCUUCGCUUCCAUCAGCGUCUUCGAGAGAAAGUACACGAUCACCAGUCCUCGUUAUCAAGAUGCAGAGGAUCUCAAAAAUCUCAGGGGCAUUAUCGGGAAGUUAUCUCCAGUUGUGCCGUCGUAGCCUCUCCCGGCUGGCUCAAACCCAGCCUGCUCUUGUGGACGAUGAUGCUGUUCUUCCCAAAAUGCCCCCCUUCGAUUACUCUCCUCCUCCCUAUACGGGACCUUCCGCCGCUGAGAUCUUGAAGAAGCGUCAAGAGUAUCUCAGUCCUUCCUUGUUCCACUUCUACUCCAACCCAUUGAACUUGGUAGAUGGAAAGAUGCAGUACUUGUUUGACGAGAAUGGUCGUCGAUACCUUGAUGCAUUUGGAGGAAUUGCGACUGUAUGUUGUGGGCACUGUCAUCCUGAUGUGGUGGAGGCAAUAGUAAGUCAGACGCAGCGAUUGCAGCAUUCCACAGUUUUGUAUCUGAAUCAUGCCAUUGCUGAAUUUGCUGAGGCAUUAGCAUCCAAGAUGCCUGGAGAUCUCAAGGUUGUCUUCUUUACAAAUUCUGGGACUGAAGCAAAUGAGUUAGCUAUGAUGAUUGCUCGGUUGUAUACCGGUUUCCAUGAUAUUAUUUCCCUUAGGAAUGCAUAUCAUGGGAAUGCAGCUGCGACUAUGAGUGCUACUGCUCAAUGUAACUACAAGUUCAAUGUUGUACAGACUGGAGUUCAUCAUGCCUUGAACCCAGAUCCAUACAGAGGUGUCUUUGGUUCUGAUGGAUUGAAAUAUGCAAAAGAUGUUCAAGACCUCAUUGAUUAUGGUACUUGUGGCAAUAUUGCUGGCUUUCUUGCAGAAGCCAUUCAGGGAGUGGGUGGAAUUUUAGAGUUGGCCCCAGGUUACUUGCCUGCUGUGUAUGGCACCAUUAAAAAAGCAGGAGGCCUUUGUAUAGCUGAUGAGGUUCAAUCAGGUUUUGCUCGCACAGGCAGUCAUUUCUGGGGGUUUGAGGCCCAUGGUGUUGUGCCUGAUAUUGUGACUAUGGCAAAGGGCAUUGGAAAUGGCGUUCCCAUUGGUGCAGUCGUAACCACUCCUGAGAUAGCAAAGGUCUUGACUUAUCGCACUUAUUUUAAUACUUUUGGGGGAAAUCCCGUAUCUACUGCUAGUGGACUAGCUGUUCUGAGGGUGAUCGAGAAAGAAAAGCUUCAGGAGAAUGCACAUGUUGUGGGGUCAUAUUUGAAAGACCGUCUCACUUCCCUCAAGGAAAAGCAUGAAAUUAUUGGGGAUGUAAGGGGAAGAGGUCUGAUGCUUGGUGUUGAACUUGUAACUGAUCGGCAGUUAAAAACUCCAGCAAACGUAGAAACUCUGCAUGUUAUGGACAAGAUGAAAGAAAUGGGAGUGCUGAUAGGCAAAGGCGGAUUUUAUGGGAAUGUGUUUAGGAUCACACCUCCCCUCUGCUUCACUAAGGAAGACGCUGAUUUCCUAGUGGAUGUGAUGGACUACACGAUGUCAAGGAUGUGAAAAAAAAAAAGGUGGGAAAGAGCCUGUGUACAGUUCUGGAUAAGACUACUUUUUCGUCAAGGAUGUGAAAAAAAAUAAGGUGGGAAAGAGCCUGUGUACAGUUCUGGAUAAGACUACCAUUUCACCAUGAUCUCUGAAUUUCUAUGUUAUCUAUUGACAACUCUGCUGGAAGUGCAAGUUGUUGGUAUGUGUAUUGCAGUUAUGCAAGUAGAUGAGAUGAUGAGACAUCACCUCGUUGUCUCUCUCUCUCUUUUUCCAAUAAAGAACUUUUAUUAGAACCAAUUACCAACUUAGUUUUUGGAUAUUGGGUAUGGAAAUUGAAAUUCAAUC